UUAGCACUCUUGGAUUGUAAACAACAACAACAACAACAACUCGAGAAGCUGCAACCCGAUUUACAGUAUUUUAAGAAAGAUGAGCGUCAGAAAACACCAUCAGUUGCAAAACAGGCUUUAUUUGGGUGAGCUUGUAAAAUCUUUCCUUGGACCAUCAAGAAGAAUAAAGUGUCUUGAAGAUGAUGGAGGCAACAGAUACUUUAGAUAUGCUUCCCUUUUAUUGGAACAUCUCGAUGUUGAGCAUCCAGUUUACCAGUAUAUUAUCAGUGUAUCUCAGGAGUUCAGGAAAAGAUUCUGUGCUGGAGCUGCUGAUGACCUUCUGUUCUACAUACAUUCCUGGUCAAGACUGGCUACACACCUACAUGAAAUGGGAAUUCCAUUAGAAGUUGUCACUAGAGAUAUGAGAGAAACUAUAGAUGAAUGUAUUGAACACAUUGACUAUGAAAAGAUGAAUGUUUCUGAGUGUAUAGAACAGUUUCAAUUUCAUCAUCACAAGUUAUCCUCUUGCAGUUACACUGACAUGAGGGAAGAUGUUAACAACGAUAGCAUUUUGAAUGACAAUGAAGAAAUUGAUCAAAAUAUAAAAGAAAUAUGUAUCACAGCUUGUAAGGAUGAUGUUAAUUUUGGGAAUAAAGCUGAGAUAGUAGAUGAAAAUCAUUUGGAAAUUGCUGUAGAAAUUGAAUCAAGUCACCACCAACACAUACAAUAUGUGGUUAAUGACAAUCUCGCAUGUGAUAUUGUCAGCAAAAUUAAAACUUCUUCUAAGAAUGAAGAACCAAUUAAUGUAAAUAAAGAUGGUAUAGAGUUUAUUCAUUUAGAGAUGAAAAACAUGGUACAAGAUGAAGAUUGUGAUGACACAUCUUGGUUUUUUGAUGGCAUUGAAGAUGAUGAGGAGAAAGGCAAUGGAAAGGUUGAUAGUGUGAUUGCUGAUCCAUGUGAAGGUUGUGUAGAUCAUGGCAAAAAAACAGGUGAUACUUACAACAAGAAAUAUAUAUCAGAUGGUGAGGAGAAUUCUGAUGACUCAGGGGCAAUUAUAACUGACAUCGAGAAUUUAAAGAGAGACAUAGAAAAUGAUAUUGAAAGAUUGACGAAAAGUAAACAGACAUUUUUAAAAGAAAAAGUGUGUGUAGCCGCUUUUAAUAUGAAUGAUGAUCAGACUGACAAUAAUGAAUUUGAUAGUUGUUUUGAUGAAUCUGAUUCUGAGUUUGAAGUUUGCUUUGAAAAUAAUCAAGAUUCAGGUAAUAGAAGAACUAACAUGGAUGCUAAUAAGUAUUCUAAAACCACAACUGAUUUUGAAGAGGAGAAUGAAUUUCAAACUGUAGCAUUUGAGUUUACUGACAUAAAAUUGAAGGAAAAUUUGAUAAAAGAAGAAAAAGAUGAUUUGUCUAAAAAUUUUGUCUAUAGUAAGCCUGAAGAAAAUUGUUCAAAAGUUAAUGAAAAGAAAGCAUCAACAUGUUCUUUUGACAUUGAAUUACAAACUUGUAGUAAGGAAUAUAGUAGGAUUAAAGAGAUAUUAGAACAAAGUUGUAUAAAUCAUGAUAUGGUAAGAGAGAAAGAAAAAUCAGUUGAACCUCAACUUUCAAGCAGUGGUACAAAGGAGUUUGUGGAAUCUAAAGAUGUACCACAAAAUGAUGAUAAAAAAGUUGUCAGUAAGAGUAGUUUUGAAAAAUUGAAUAAGUCAGUACUUAAUUCUUCCCAUUCAAAUGAUUUUCACCAGAAGAAACAGGACGAGAAUUCAUUUCAAAAAGAUGAAAUGCGGAAGAUAAAUUCUUUACUUGGUUCACUUGGAAGAGAAAAUAAGAAGGAUUCUUAUAAACUAAAUGUUUCUUCGUUGAAAUUUCAUAGUAGACAUUUCCAGGAAGAAGAAAUUGAAGAAUUAAACGAAAUGGAAAAUUAUAAGGUAGAGAGAAAUACAGGACAGUUAGAUAGUGUUGGAAACAACAAGAAUAUGGGCUUACCAGGUGGUGGAACCAAUUUAUCCAGGAAUGAAAACACUGUACCAAUGAAGCAAAAUUAUGAUUCUAGUUCUGAUAAGUUGUGUUCUGAUCAUAAACCAGCAUCACUGCCUGAUGAAGAUAUAGUUGCUAAUAUGAAACAAACUCCAGGAAAAUUAGAUCUUGAACGUGUUAACAGUAUGUUAAGAGAAAUAAACAAUAUAUCAAAACAAAAUAAAACUUGCGAUGAUCAAAGUAUUGAAACAAAAGUUUGUCCGUUUAAAAGUGGAAAUGAUUUAGAUAUUUCACAUUUUUCAAAUUCUAGUGCAAGCCAUGAAUACGAAUCAAAUGAUGACUAUCGAACAAUGCAUAGUAUCAAGCCGAAAUUGGAUGUUUCAAGUGUAGGAAAGGAUUUAGCAUUGAAGGAGUGUAAGACAAGGAGUAUUAGUAAGCCUAAUGUUUUCUUAAGAAGUAGACAUAUGAAUAUGGAAAGUGAGAUAAGUGGGACUAGCAAUGUUUUAGAUACAUGUGAAGUUAAUCAAAAUGAACCAAAGACUAACCGUAUGGAAGCAAAACAGAUUCCUGACUUUGAUAAUAGUGCUAUAGGGCAGUUAAUACAUAGUCAUAGUGAAGAAGCUGAAGAAUUGGAAGUAGAAGUGAGAAGCUUGGUUUGUGGUGUGAAUCAUGAUGGAGAUGAAAAUAUUAACAAAGCUGUAUGUGAUGUCAUUUUGAAGCAGAGCAAGGAAGGGAAACUCAGAUUGAACAUAGACUUUGUAGAUUGUCAUUCAAACAUUGGGGUAGGUAGAGGCUCACCUGAGGUUAUUGAUGGCGUUCUUGUACAAACAUCUGUAGAUAAUAUGAUGAUGUUGCAGAAAUUUCCUGAAAGACAGUAUAGAGCAUUGUUGGUUAAUGGAGACCUUACAAUGACAUUCAAGCACAAAGGAUACAAACCAAUGAAAACAAAGCAAUUUACAUCAGUAGACAGAUUUAAGUAUGGUAAAACUGAACUUCAAUGUUGGCUUGAGGAUAUUAUUGAUACUUUGAAAGAGCUCAGCAUUAAUAUGUUACUAGUGAAAGGCAACAUAUCUGAAGAUAUAAUGUGUUUUUGUGAACAACAUGAUAUAGUAACCAUGGAAACCGUCAGGUAUAAACAACUUAUUCAACUCAGUGAAGCAACAGAGACUGAUAUGGUAACAUACGUUACCUUAGCAACAGAGGUUAGUUUGGACAAUUAA